GCCCAUGCUUAGCAGACUAUUCAGCAGAGCACAGGAAUAGAAGAGCGAAAAAUGGAAUUUUUUGGAGAAUGAACUGUUGUGCUGUGCUGGUCGCUCUGCCGAUGCUUUUCUAUCUAGAUGCUCCACCGCCACCAGUGCGUGUGCCAGAGAGCAGCAACACGCUCGCUCAUUGAGGCAUCAUCGCAAACCAAGUUCUGCUGAGGCAAGAGUCAGUGUAGUAGCUGAAAACGCAGCAGCAAGAAGAGCAGCAGAAAUCUUUCAGUACUAAUCGUCUCUCACACGAAAAUUUUCGCUUUGGCCCAUGUACAGAUACAAAAAUGGUGAAAACAGUGUUACUACCGCAAAAUAUUAGUAUAUUUGAGAUAUCGAAUCAUGACCGAGGCAUAUGAAGAUGAUUUCUUAGUUAGAGUUCGUGCCCAAGUAAUGGCCAGAGAUGAAAGCACUGAAGGUUGGUUACCACUGCAAGGCGGUGGUUUGGCAAAUGUCUCCAUACGCAAACGUGCAAGACUGCCACCGGAUGGUGGCGGUCACGAAUACAUAAUCUAUGGACAAAGAAUUUCAGACCAAACAGUAAUCCUUAGUUGUGUUAUCAAUAGAGAUUUGCAGUACUUCAAAGUUAUGCCUACGUUUCAUCACUGGCGUGCCGGCAAACAGCGGAAUGGGCUUACCUUCCAGACUGCGGCCGACGCGAGAGCUUUCGACAAAGGAAUCAUCCGUGCCUACGAUGAUCUUAUUGAUGUUUAUUUAGUUUUGAAUCACCAUCACCAUUACCUACACCAAGUGAAUGGUUUCGGUUUGUGUAAUUUGCUUUGCAAUCUAUACAUAGAUGAUCAAUGUUUCUUUCUGUUGUUUUUUUUAUUGCUUACUGAAUAUUUCGUUGCCAUAACUCACUAAUGUUAACUUAUAAAA